UAAGGAGAGGAGGCAGGAGCAGAAAGCAGGAGAUAAACUUUAUUAUCUACACACUCCAUCUCAUCGUCAACCAUAACAACACGCAGUACUAAACCAAACCCUCUGAUAUUUCACUCACUCUCUCUCUCUCUAACAUCAUCACUCUAACCUCCCUCUUUUUCAUGGAUAAACAACCUUUCAUAUUCCCUUGCAAACCCUAACCCCCCUUCCCCAAAUCUAAUUUUCACCACCACUUUACAAGCCUUAACCUUAAACAACCAACCAAACAAAGCCAAGCUAAGCCACUACUUACACAAUCAAGUCUUGUGGUUUUAGUACAUGUUUGUUUCAUCUUUGAAUCAUGGACAUAACAAACACCAACACUACACCAAACACAAACACCUUAACUAUCAAAACCACCCAUGAAUCUGACUUGGAGAUCUCCCCGACCAAGAUCCAGCUCCCCAAACCCCUGUCUUUCUCAAACGGCGUCGUACUGAAGCACAACGCUUUGAGCAAGCCGAGCAUUCCCGUCGUGGUCAACUACAAAGAAUGUCUCAAGAACCACGCGGCGACUUUGGGCGGUCACGCAUUAGACGGGUGCGGCGAGUUCAUGCCGUCGCCGUCGGCCACUCCGACCGACCCCACGUCGCUAAAAUGCGCCGCGUGUGGGUGUCACCGCAACUUCCACCGCCGUGACCCGGAGGACUCGUCGCUUACUUUGCCACCCAAAAACAGCUUCAUCGAGUACCAGCCACACCACCGCCACCGUCCUCCGCCGCCGGAGAGUCCGAGCUCCAUGUCCCCGCCGCCCAUCUCGUCUUCCUACCCGGCGUCAGCACCGCACAUGCUGCUAGCUCUGAGCGACGGGCUCAUGGGCCCACAAAACAACCACAGCGCGCCCAUAGCCCACAUCAGGGCCCACCCGAACGGCCGGAAAAGGUUCAGAACAAAGUUCAGCCAGCAGCAGAAGGAGAAGAUGUUCGGGUUCGCGGAACGGGUCGGGUGGAAGAUCCAGAAGCGAGACGAGCAGGACAUAAUAAAUUUCUGCAGUGAAAUCGGAGUGGAUAGAAGCGUUUUAAAAGUGUGGAUGCACAACAACAAAAGUACUCUCGGGAAAAGAGACAGCAAUAUUAAUAACAACGUUAACGGAAACACUAAUUACAAUGUUAACAAUAAUGGAGACGGUGGGGAUCAGGUGCAGCAGGCGCAGCUUAACAAUCUUCAGCACAGUGAUAGUACUGGUAGUCCUCUUGUUGGCGGUGUUAAUCUUGGCCCUAAUGGCAAUGUUUCAUCCUCCUCUUCCUAAUUAAUCUCCCUCUAAUCAUCAUUAGUUGUAAUAAAUGUUACACUCGUUUGUUCCUUAAUUGCUGGUAUUAGUUAGUCAUAAUAUUUUGCCUAGUUUAAUUUCUCAUCCUGUUUAUUUUAUUCUGAUUAGGGAUAAUCACUUCACUUGUACUCAAAUGUUCAAGACCUUAAAUUAAUGCCAACAUUUCAUUAGUCA